GGACAUUUGAGAGUGAGCUCCCAGUCCUCUGACGACUCCACAGUCACUCCAUCUCCUCCUAAACCAAAAUAUGCCCCAGAGAUGAAAAAGGAGAACAUCCUGGACAGGAUCCAUCCACCCAGGGAAUGGACAGAGGGAAACGAAUUGUGCGUGCAGAAAGUGUCCAGUGUACCCUGUACUAGAGCAGAUGUGCUACGCCUGAGGGAACUCCUGRACACAAAGCUCCAGGAAAGAAAGGCCAGACCAACGGGCAUCUGUCCUGUUCGCAGGGAGCUCUUCAGUCAGUGUUUCGACGAGCUAAUCAGACAGGUCACCAUCAUGUGUGCUGAGAUGGGUCUGCUGCUGCUGCGGGUCAGAGAUGAAAUAAAUAUGACCUUCGAUGCUUUCCAUACAUUGUAUGUGAGCAGCAUUGGUUUCGGCAUGAGAAAGGCAAUGUGUGCUGAGACUGAAAAAAUACACCUAGAGAAAAGGAUUGCAGACCUGGAGAAUGGCAUACAAGAUCUGACAAAGCAGUUAAAUGAACAGAAAAUCAAAUAUGAUGAGCUUGAAAAGACCAAAGCUGAAGAGAGACGGGUACAGGAAAAUAACUUCAUUCAGAAGAUUCGGUUGUUAGAGGAAAAGAAUCAGCAGCUCCAGAAUCUACUGGAAGAAAAAUUCACACCAACGGAAUAAAAACUCAAUGGCCUUAUUGUUUGUUUUUAUACAGGAUUUUAUAACUUCUAUAAUUGGUCUUAUUUUGCCAUCUGAUACAUUAAGGCUGAAUGUUUUCUGCAAACAUUUUAUAAUGUAUAGUCAAACCAUCAACAAACUGCACAUUUCUCUUGAACAUCAAGAAGAGCAGUACACUUGUGAAUGAUGAAUGAAUCGCACGAUUUUGAAACCGUUCCCAGCUGAAAGGAGAAAAAGCUGGAAAGGCAAUGUGGAAAUGGUUUUCUUGCAGCCAACACAAGGCAUCACAUGGCCACGACAAAAAACAUUUAAGAUUUAGCUUUUCAGUUGUUGUUAAUUUGUCGUUUCAAUAAAAUUGACUCAUUCUGACUAAAUUA